AUGACUGAGGCUUUGCCGGCUCUGAUCAUUGAACCUACCUCCGAACCUACUUGCUCAUGCGUGCUGGCAACGGAAAGCAGCCUCCUCCUCCUGCGAUGGACGGACUCCGCGGCUUCUAGUUCUGAAGCUCCGGUUGCGUUAAAGGCCUCAGAGCAACCUGAGACACGUUCUCCCGGAGUUCCCUUUCAGUCUACUGGGUUGCUGACGGUUACGAUCGUUGUUGAAGAUAAGGAGAAGGCCAUCGAGUCGCAGCCUCCCCCUCCGGCUAGGAAGGAGAUUGUUCUGGCGUUGCGCGCUCCUAGCGCUGCCCCGAUCGUUUCUGCCCGGACUCGAAAGAGGAAGUGCGUGACGAUUGCCGAUAGAGACUCCUCGCUGCCGGAGGGAUUGCGUAUCGCACCGGUACUUCGCGGAAAGGCCCGUAUGAUGGGUUUUACUGAAAUCCUUAGUUCUCUCGAGCGCAGCAGGGACCUGACCUCGGCGAGCAUAGAUAGUGGGUUGACGGUUAUCUGUGUCCACAGAGGCGAGUCUCCUCCGUUCCUUCAGUCUGAGGAGGAUGGCUUAUCAUCCUGUAAAGUUCAUUUUGUAGCCGCAGAUAAGAGCUUCGAGCUCCUGCUGUGUGACCUGUGA